GGUGUGCUGUCACCUAUGCAGUAUAGUGAGUGGGCCACUCCUGUGGUGCCAGUUGUAAAGAGAGAUGAUUCUGUGAGGCUUUGUGGUGAUUUUAAAGUGACCUUAAACCCAGCCAUUUGUGUGGAACACUAUCCAAUUCCACACAUUGAAGACUUGUUCGCCUCAUUAGCUGGGGGACAGCGUUUCAGCAAAUUGGACUUGGCACAGGCGUACCUACAGAUAAAGGUUGAGGAACAAUCACGUAAACUGCUCACCAUCAAUACCCAAAAGGGGUUGUUCUGCUAUAAUCGUCUACCAUUUGGGAUUGCUUCAGCACCUUCCAUAUUCCAACGGGCGAUGGAUCAGGUGUUACAAGGCCUUUCCAAUGUGCAUUGUUACUUGGACGAUAUAUUGGUUACAGGCUGUAAUGAUGCAGAGCACCUGCAGAAUUUGGAUAGAGUAUUGGGCCGAUUGAAAGAAUUUGGCUUAUGUGUCCAAAAAGAAAAAUGUGAAUUUUUCAAGGAGACCUUGGAGUACCUGGGUCAUAAAAUUGAUGCAGCAGGACUGCACAAGUCACCUGAAAAGGUCAGGGCUAUUUUAGAGGCUCCAGCCCCCGAUAAUGUAACUAAACUGAGAUCUUUCCUUGGUCUCAUCAAUUACUAUGGGCGAUUCAUACCCAAUCUUGCAACCAUUUUGACCCCAUUAAAUGAGCUGCUUUGCAAAGACAAACGCUGGCAUUGGUCAUCCGCAUGUAAAUCUGCAUUCCAGAAAGCUAAGGAGCAGUUGGUGUCUCAAAAUGUCCUAACGCACUACGAUCCACAACUAAGCAUCCGCCUGGCUUGUGAUGCUUCUCCAUAUGGUGUGGGAGCUGUCAUUUCCCAUGUCUUUCCCAAUGGUGAAGAGAAACCAAUCGCUUUUGCAUCUAGAACACUGAGUAAGGCUGAACAGAACUAUGCACAAAUUGAGCGAGAAGCCCUUGGGAUUGUGUUUGGGGUCAGGAAGUUUCAUCAAUACCUAUAUGGACGGAAGUUUACUCUCUUCACAGACCAUCGGCCACUGACAAGAAUCUUUAGCCCAGAGAAAGGGGUACCGUCUAUGGCAGCUGCCAGAAUGCAGAGGUGGGCAUUAAUAUUAGCAGCCCACAGUUACACCAUAGAAUAUAAGAAGGCUGCUCUCAAUGCCAAUGCUGAUGGGCUUUCUCGUUUGCCCUUACUAAUUAAACAUAAGGAGAGCCAGAACACAGUUGACAUUUUUUACAUAAAACAAAUGGAAUUACUACCAGUGAGUAGUGCAGAAAUUCGUAGAGAGACCAUGUUGGACCCUACAUUGUCUAAACUAAUGGAUAUGCCUUUCAUCAACAGACAAACGGAGCUUACCGUACAACAAGGAUGCCUGAUGUGGGGGAGCAGAGUAAUUGUGCCCCCUAAAUUACGCCCUCGUGUUUUGUCAGAACUACAUGUCAGCCACCCGGGUAUAGUGAGGAUGAAGUCCUUGGCACGCAGUUAUGUUUGGUGGCCAGGUAUCGACAGCCAGAUUGAGCAACAAGUACACAACUGCCAGUCAUGUCAGCGUGUUCAAAAUCUUCCAAGCCCUGUGCCCCUCCACCCAUGGAUAUGGCCAAGUGGGCCAUGGCAGAGAAUUCAUGUUGAUUUUGCUGGGCCUUAUGAAGGCCAUAUGUACUUAGUAGUAGUCGAUGCCCACUCAAAGUGGCCUGAGGUUCAACUAAUGGAUAGUGUCACAACUAGUAAGACUGUUCAUGUCAUGAGGACCCUUUUUAGUCGUUAUGGGAUACCUGAAGUCCUUGUUAGUGACAAUGGCCCACAGUUCAUUUCUGAUGAAUUUGCAUAUUUUAUGAAAACCAACCAUAUUAAACAUAUACGAUCUGCUCCCUAUCAUCCAGCUACCAAUGGGCUUGCAGAACGCUUUGUGCAAACUUUCAAACAAGCUUUGAAGGCAUCAAAAGGAUCUGCUUUAGUACAGCAAAGACUAGACACGUUUUUACUCUCAUAUCGCAAUACUCCACAUGCUACAACACAGGAAUCUCCAGCUAUGCUUUUUAUGGGUCGCAAAUUACGUUCACGGCUAGAUGUGCUUAAACCAAAUGUGGCUUCUACAGUGAGUCAGUCUCAAGAUGUUCAGCUGUUGCACAGUAACCGGAAAUCCAGACAAUUUAAUGUGGGUGACCCAGUGCUGGUCCGGGAUUACCGAAGGGGAGAAAAGUGGACACCUGGAGUGGUAACCUCCCAGUUGGGACCAGUUUCCUACAGUGUAAAAGUUGGGAAUGCUGAAGAUUGGAAACGGCAUGCAGACCAGUUACUACUCAACCGAGCAAAUGAAAGUGUUCCACAGGCCACACAGCCAGAAGAGACACCUUCUUCCAACUUGGUAACAAUGUCACCAGUAACAUUAGAGAAUAAUACAGUCGAUGCAGGGCAUAACCCUACGGGAGUAGGCUCAGUCAUUCCAGACAUGGUUCCUCAAACUAGUGAACCUCAGACAUAUGCACCUCCAACUUCACCUACAGAGAGCAGUGGCAGACGCUAUCCUUUGCGAGUAUCUAAGCCUCCAGAUCGUUUAAAUCUUUAAAUGUUAUAAAGUAGUUGAAACAGUACAAUGUAUUUAUGUAAAUAGUUACCUUCAAGCAGAACUGCUCCAUUCUGGAUAUGUGGCAGUGAACUACAGCUUUGUUAUAGUAGUUUUGCUCAUUUUGACUGUUUAGUCUUUGUGGUUUUAUAAAUAGGUGGGAGGGAAAUGUUAUGUAUUGAAAUAAAUGUAACAAUGAUUGGUAGUAUUCCCAGGCAGAAGGGGGCGCCAGAGUGGGGUUAAGAGAGAUCUUGGACA